UCCUCACGUGACCGCAAACAGAAACCGGGCAGGUUGUUGACACGUUGCUUAGCAACCGUGAGGCGUCCCUAGAAGCGUGUCGGUGUUAGCAACAAAGCGUGUCAGUGGCCCGGCCCCCCCGACCCUACCUAGGCGACAGCAGGGGCCUGUGUUGUGAUUCCUGUUUUCCACAGAGGUGCCUGGGGAGAUGGUGGCAGAGAAGGAGGAUUCGAGCCCCCCCAAGCUGCCUGCAGAGAGACCCCAACAACAGCAGCAGCCACUAGGCCAGGCGAGGAGAGCCAAGCAGCAGGUCACCGAUGGAUUCACGGUUAAAGCCAUGAUGAAAAACACUGUGGUAAGAGGACCACCAGUUGCAGGAGCAUUUAAAGAAAGACCAACAAAGCCUACAGCAUUUCGCAAGUUUUAUGAGCGAGGUGACUUCCCAAUUGCCCUUGAGCAUGAUACAAGAGGAAACAAAAUAGGUUGGAAGGUGGAGAUCGAGAAACUGGACUAUCAUCACUAUCUGCCUCUAUUUUUUGAUGGGCUUUGUGAAAUGACAUUUCCCUAUGAGUUUUUUGCUCGGCAAGGAAUCCAUGACAUGCUGGAACAUGGGGGAAACAAGAUUCUUCCUGUCAUUCCUCAGCUCAUUAUCCCAAUAAAAAAUGCACUGAACCUUCGUAACCGACAGGUCAUCUGCAUCACACUCAAAGUUCUCCAGCACCUGGUGGUGUCAGCUGACAUGGUGGGUGAAGCGUUGGUGCCCUAUUAUCGUCAAAUCCUCCCAAUACUAAACAUCUUUAAGAAUGUGAAUGUUAAUUCAGGUGAUGGCAUUGACUACAGCCAGCAGAAGCGUGAAAAUAUUGGAGAUUUGAUUCAAGAGACACUGGAAGCCUUUGAGCGUUAUGGUGGCGAAGACGCUUAUAUAAACAUUAAAUACAUGGUCCCUACUUAUCAAUCGUGCUUGUUAAACUAACGAAUAGCACAGUUGUGUCCAAGGGAUGAUUCCAUUUGUGUUCUCCAAAGCUAUAUCUAAUUCUGUGUAAUGCCUUGUUGUUCAUGCUUUCUUUCUCUACAGCUGCUAAAGUAGUGGCUUCUGGACCAUUAGUCUGUUAGCACUAUUGUGAACAAGUCCUUCCAAUACAUAAAUAGUGCCUGUUCUUUUGACUA